UUAAGAAAUGUUUGUUUGGGUUGGCCUGGAAAGUUUUUGUCGGGGACGAGGACGAGCAGAGAAAAGUUAGGUUCCCUCAGCUGGCGGCCCCUAGUGUCUUUCAUGCCUCUGUGGACGCCCUAUCCUCCCGACCCUGGCAGUCAAGAGAGCCCUGAUACUGGAGAAGCCAAGGAGUUGCAGCCCUGACCAGAGAAAAUGCCUAAGGUGAAGUCUGGGCGGCUGUAUGGCAGUUGCUUCCCUGAGUAUGAGUUGAGGAGGCGCGAGGCGGGGCUGAGAGCGAGCCUGGGCUGGGAGUCUGGCAUCAGGCGCUCCCUUUACUCCUCCAUGAUCCCCUGCACCUCGUGGGAUCCCCGCGAGAACGACCCCAAGACAGGCUACAUCGGCCAUGGAGGAGUGUUCAAUCUCGAGUUCUCCCCAGACGGGAGUCACCUGGUGGCAGCGUGUGAGCAGCGCGCGGUGAUGGUGUUUGACCCUCUGUCACGCCGGCAGGUGCACCACAUACCUCAUGCACAUGAAAACUGUGUCAACUGUAUCAAGUUCCUAGACUCUCGAGUGUUUGCCUCAUGCAGUGAUGACCAUAAUGUUGCCCUUUGGGAUGUGCGCAACCUCAAGCGGCGCAUUAGACUCUUGCAGGGCCACACUAACUGGGUCAAGAAUAUUGAAUACUCUGCACAAGAUGGCAUCCUGGUCACUUCUGGCUUUGAUGGCAAGAUUCUGGGUUGGGACAUAAAUGGGUACACUGAAGAAAGCCUGCUGCCAACUGAGCUGUUCAAGAUGCAGGGGUUGAUGCGGAUGCGGCUGAGCCCAGACUGCAGCAAGCUUGUCAUGUGCACCACUGGGGGCUACAUGGUGCUGGUGCACAACCUGAGUCUGGAACACUUGGCUCAGGAUCUACAGGACUUCAAGCCCAACAUGUACCGGUUGAUGCAGUUGUCCAACACACCUCUGCCACAAGCUGCCAUCUUUACCCACCUGUUUUAUGCCCAGCGUAACAGGGUGGAGUUCAUCUCAGACUUCCCUCAGUCCAAUGAGGCUGAAGUCAUCCACUCCCUGCAGGUGCAUCCCCAAGGCUGGUGCAUCCUCUCACGCAACACUUCCAUGGACGAGUCUUCUGAGUGGAGCUGUGUACAUGACAUCCAGGAUCUUGGUGUCACUGUCUGUAAGGACCAGGAUGAGGAUGAUGCACCUUCUCAUAAUAUCUCAUAUGAUGACGUGCCUGCCUCCACUCCUGAGCCUGAGGUACAGCUGGCAGCCUCUCCCGGCCGGCCCAUGGGCAGCAGCAGUAGCAGUAGCAGCAGCAGCAGCAGCAGCAGCAGUAGUAGUGCCAGUGUUGGAAUCAGUGGUGAGAGCAGCAGUGGCAAUGGCAAUUUGCACUUGUCUGUGACCUUCAGCCCGCGAAUGGAGAUUACGUUGCGCCACAGUCCCCAGGAUGAAGUGGAUGAUGGAGGAGGUGGGAGUGGUGGAGGAGAGGCAAGUGGUAGUGGAGGAGAGGGUGAAACAAGCAGAAAUAACGGUAGUGUGUUGGCUGUAGAUGGUGCGGGCAUUGCAGUGGGAAGCAGUGGUAGUGGCAGUGGGGGCAUAGACAUACAGUUUCGGUUUACUUCAAUGGACGUAUUUGAGGCGUUGGAACACAUCCGUGAACGGCGGGAGGAACAACGAAUGAGGCAGGACCGCCAACGACCCAUGCGGGAGGCAGGCGAGGGCGGUGGUGGGACUGGAGGCAGAGGCAGCGGCAGCAGCAGCAGCAACAGUCCCUCGGGUGGAUCCAAUGGAGAGGCAUCUUGGGCUGCCCUUCCACGCCUUAACCACAACAUGACUUUCAGUUUGCGAAAUAGACGAGAGACAGGGCGUGAGGGUGCCCGGGAGAAUGCAGGUGCAGGUCGGACUGCACCCACUGCUGCCCUGGACUCCCAGAAUGCCUUCUACAUCCGUACAGGAUCAGGGAACCACCGGGCCAUUGUGCUGCUGCAGCCGGGCCAGAACUACCCCCGAUACUACCGCAAGGUGGAUCCCAACCACAAGAUUGCACGCAACAUUCCCCGCCUCACCCACUACAUUGAGGAACCCAAUGUUGGCCGUGGUUUCAUCAAGGAACUGUGCUUCAAUGCUGAUGGUCGCCUCAUUUGCUCCCCGUAUUCACACGGUGUGCGUCUCAUGAUGUUUGACAAAAACUGCUCUGAACUAUCCACGUGUGUACAGGAUAAGCCACAGACCCUCUAUGAUGUGUCUACUAGUAACUGUCACUCAAACUGUGUUGUAAGUACCAAGUUCUCUCCCACACAUUGCCUUCUAGUCUCUGGCUGCCUUAAUGGCAAGAUUGUGUGGCACCAGCCAGUUCUUUAGUGUCCUGAGGGGAGAAGUGAGUGUCAAGACAAGUGGUGGUUGUGCAUGGCCGCCUCAGCCUGAACUCUGCGGUGUGGGCCUCUCAACCGUUGUGUCAUGUGUUGCUCCUUUUGCUGAACACUGCACUUUGUGGGGUGGUGCAGUGAGAUGCUGACUUAUCAACAGUGUUUGGGGGGGAGAAAGCAGACCCCUUGCUCUGAUUGCCUUCUGCCCCCUCUCCCAGAACUUGAAGCUGCCUGGCAUUGGUACUUCAGACUUGCAGCAGCAGCUACUUCACCAUUUUUAUCUUUUUUAAAUGACUUUUAGGUACUUGCUUUCCAUCAAGUCUUCCUUGUUUGAAAGAAGAAAAACAGUAUUGAGCUGAAGCCUCUGUUUUGCUCAAGGUGGCCAGCAGCAGCAGCAGUGCUCCACCUCCCCAUGGACAGGGUGGUGGCUGUGUAAACACUGUGUUGGGCAAGUCAGCCAAGUGUGUGAUGGUUGUGUAUGUGUGUCAUGCAUUUGUGAGUGUAGCCUGUCACUUGGUUGAAAAGAAAGUGGUAACUUUGUUUAUUUUAAUAGGAACCAGAUUUUUUGCAUUUGAAGGUUGACAAAAUUGCUGUAAUUUUACAUAUUAUUUUCAUUUGCAAUGUCUUCAUAGUUAUUUCUCAUGUUAAAUUUAUUUAGUCCA